AACAGAAAAUGUAUUAUUAAUAAUAUAGAUUAGUGUUACCUAAUUGUUGAUUAUAAUUACCUUUAAUGAUACGAGUACAAUUUAUCACGGAUAUUAAUCUAGUUUUUAUAUAUAAAAAAUGAAGUUAUAAACAUUUUAAAACAUCGUACCGUAAAAAGUCAAAGAAAAAAAAAAAGAAAAAUUAGACAAAGACAGUACCAGAUAAAUUUAUAUUUUCUCAAUGAAAUAUCAACCUUCGUUAACUAUUUAACCAUCAUUCCCUCAGCCGCCAACUCUCAAAACCAAUUCUCCCUCAGAGCUGCGACCACCGAUUAUCGUCCGGCAGCGAACCUGCACAAACACCAAGAUAAAAUUAGUUUGAAAGUUUUGAAAGCAUUACUUCAUAAAUAGACUCAAAUUUGGGAUAUCGCAUUUCUUUCACUACAAUGGCGGCGCGUGGGAAAGGAACUGUGACAUCACUAUCUUCAAUGUUCCCUGCUGAGGAAGCUCACAAAGCCGCCAAACUCGUCAACGACACGAUUUCCGACAAGCUCAAAGAACUCGACAACCUCCGUGGCUUUGUCGCUGACAAUACUAACCUCAUCAACCUUGUACAACGCCUUCCCGAUGAACUUCAUCACGAUAUUCAGGUUCCAUUUGGGAAGGCAGCAUUUUUUCCGGGUCGUUUGGUUCAUACUAAUGAAUUUCUGGUUCUCCUAGGAGAGAAUUAUUUCACGGAUAGAACCGCCAAACAAACUGUUGACAUUCUUAAAAGAAGAGGGCAGGCAUUGGAGUCACAAGUUGGAUCUGUUAAGGCUGUGGUUGAAGAUCUCAAAGCCAAGGCCUCAUUUUUUGAUAGAACUGCUGCUGAAUCUGAGGAGGGUCUUGUGGAGAUCAGAGAAGAGUUAAGUGAUGUUGAAGAUGCUGGUGGAAGCCCAGAAAAGGCAGAGGCUGCUAGUGUGUGUGAAGUUGGUAAUCGUAGUAGACCUGGGGCAGUUGAUGAUGAAGAAUAUGCUCGUAUCAUGUCUAGGUUGGAUGAACUUGAGAAAGAAGAACUUGAGGAUGAAGAAGAUACUGAAGAGCUUGGAGAUGUUACAAGUGAUGAAAACUUCAAUAACUUGGACCAGGAGCAAUCUAAAGACCAUCAUCAUGCCAAAGUACUCUCGGACAGAAAUACUCUACCAAAUGAUGCCGAUAACUUAAUUCAUGAAAGUUUGAGUUUGCAAUCUACGCAUAAAGAUGAAUCCUCACGUGGCAAAAAUUUGCUGCAAAAUCUUGUUGAAAGAUCGACAGAGGAAGAUUAUGCCCCUCCUGUGAUGAAGACAAGUAUUCCAUUUGAGUCCAAGUCAAAAUCUGAGAUAUGUGUUCCAACGCCUAAACCAGAUGCUAGCAAUCGAUUGUCUAGAGACUCUAGACCCAAUACAGAUAGUCUCAAGGCCUUCACUGGCUCUAUCAUAGAGCGGACAGAUGAUUUGCAAAUUUCUCCAGAUAAAGAAACUAUUGAUCAGCUACCUAAUCCUCAGCCUUCAAAGCCGUUAUCCAGAUUCAAGAUGCAGAGGAGGGCUGUUUAGAUUUGAAUCAUGCAGAUAUCCUAGGUAUUAGUGUAAAUUGUAGAGGAUACAAUGUGUCAAUGUGGUAUCUAUUCUAGCCAAGAUUGGCAUCACUUUGAAGUUAGUAAUGUUGACUUGUUAUGUUGAGAAGCAAAUUUUGUCAGAUGUAAUAUCUGCUUGUCUUGGAUCUUGACUGUAUUGAUUCCUAAAUUGUUGACUUGGAAAACUGUUUCUUUUGCUUAGAAUACUCCAUGUAAAGAGUAAAGACGUAAAGUUUGGAGUACUUGGUACUCGGUGUGAUUUUGUGAUGUUUAGAAAAAGAUUAGUUGUUACAUAUAGAAAUGAUUUAUAAUCCUAACUUUUAUGA